AUGGGACGCCAUCUCGAGACUUAUGCAGAGCGUGCGGCUAAACAUACAAAUCUCGCGGCGGUCAAAUUACUAGAUGUGAUCGAGCGCAAAAAGUCGAAUCUAUGUGUGAGCGUCGACGUGAUCAAGGUGCAAGACUUUCUAGAGAUCAUCGAUGUUGUGGGUCCCUACGUGUCCCUUGUGAAGACCCACGUCGACAUUCUCGAGGACUUUGAUCAUACUGUUAUCGAGCGUCUGACGGCGCUCUCCGAAAAGCACGACUUCUUGAUCUUCGAGGAUCGCAAGUUUGCCGACAUCGGCAACACUGUCGCCCUCCAAUACUCUGCAGGCGUCCACAAGAUUGCAUCCUGGUCCCAUAUCACGAACGCUCACCCAGUGCCUGGCCCAUCCAUCGUGAAGGGGCUUGCUUCAGUCGGCCUACCUCUUCAACGCGGACUCCUGUUACUCGCCGAAAUGUCGACCGCUGGUUCGCUCGCACACGGAUCAUAUACUGAAGAAGCUGUGCGAAUGGCUCGCGCUCACCGUGAUUUCGUGGUUGGGUUCAUCGCGCAACGACGUAUGGAGGGCGUUGGCCUCCUCAAAGACGAGUCUCCCCGCUCUGAAGAAGAUUUCCUGGUCCUUUCCCCUGGCGUGGGUCUGGACAGAACCGGGGAUGGGAUGGGCCAGCAGUACCGGACCCCUCGUCAGGUCAUCCUCGAGAGUGGUUGUGAUGUCAUCAUUGUUGGCAGAGGAAUAUAUGGAAAAGUCGGUGAAUUGAACGUGCAGAACGUGCAGGCACAGGCUGAGCGCUACCAGCAAGCUGGCUGGGAUGCAUACUUGGAGCGUAUUCGGAAGGCUUAG